CUUCCCGUCUUUCAUAAUCAAAUCCCUAUCUGUCUCUCUCAAAACAUGGAAAAUUUCAAAGCUCAUGCUACUUCCAUUUCAAGUGUCCCACAAUUUCAAAAUUCUUAAUUCACGGCCUCAAGGGGAUAUAAACAAACAAACAAACAAUUAUCAAUUAUUCGAUCAAAAUGCGAUUGAAGCCCCUCGCUCGAUCAGCAAUGGAGUUCUCAUCAUCCACUCCACGUCUCACAUCCUCCGACGAUAAAUUGAGAGCCGAAAAGCGUUACAGAGGGGUGAGAAAGCGGCCGUGGGGGAAAUACGCGGCGGAGAUUAGGGAUUCGACCCGGAACGGAACCCGAGUUUGGCUGGGGACAUUCGACACCGCGGAAGAGGCGGCGUUGGCGUACGAUCAAGCCGCGCUAUCGACGCGCGGGAAAUCGGCGUUGCUCAAUUUUCCGACGGAGAAAGUGCAGGAAUCGCUGGACAACAUGAAGUAUUGGUGCGAGGAGGGUUCGUCUCCGGUGGCUACACUCAAGGCGACGAACAAAAUGACGAUGAGGAGAAGAAAACUUCAGAGGAAGAAGAAGAAGAAGAAGAAAGUGAUGAACGUUGAUGAUGAGAGUGGUUCGGUUCUGGUUUUUGAGGAUUUGGGAGCUGAGCUUUUAGAGGAGCUCUUGACUUCAUCAUCCAUGGCCGCUGCUUAAUUAAUUUAUUCUGCUGGCCGGGUUCAACCAGAGAUCAGAUGCUGCUUUAAUUUGGUACUUGUACACAUGCUGUUGUUAGAAUAUUAUAUUAAAGGAAAAUGAUAAUAUAUAUAAUAUCAUAAUGUUUUAGCUAAUUAGUGUAGAAAGUAUUGUUAAGGAUAAGAAUAAUGUUGUACUCAAUAAUAAUGCUCUAGUUAGUAUUAUUAUUCUCUCGAAAGGUUGAAUCUCCACACUUCGGUCAUGCA